AAUGACGUAAUAGCCGUCAAUUGUGUCAUCAUCAUGUGGCUGCUGCGAACGUCUUCCGUGUUAUUAGGUGUGCUCGGGAGCAGAGGAGUGACCCGAACCAUGUGCGCACAGGUGAGCGAUUGGCAAAGCGCCAAGUCCAUCUAUGAGUUCUCUGCCACGGAUAUUGACGGCAAUGAGGUUUCCCUGGAAAAAUACAGGGGUUAUGUGUGCGUCAUCGUAAAUGUGGCUUCCAAAUGAGGAAAGACCAGAGUAAACUAUACUCAGCUUGCGGAAAUGCACGCUUCCCUGGCUGAGAAGGGUUUACGCAUCCUAGGUUUCCCAUGUAACCAGUUUGGAGGACAGGAGCCCGGAACUGAAGCAGAGAUUAAAGAGUUUGCCAAAGGUUUCAACGCCAACUUCGACAUGUUUAGUAAAAUUGAUGUGAACGGCGACAACGCACACCCUCUAUGGAAGUGGAUGAAAGCACAGCCAAAGGGAAAGGGGACUUUUGGGAACAACAUCAAAUGGAACUUCACAAAGUUUCUUAUAAACAAAGAGGGACAAGUAGUGAAGCGGUACGGUCCAAAUGAAGAUCCAAGUGUGGUGGAGAAAGAUCUUCCUGCAUACCUUUAAUUUCGACGAUCGUCUUGUGUUCGAUUGCAUGUGAAUCUCCCAUAUGAAGUUGAGGUUCGUGUGUGUGUGAGUGGUCUGGACCAAUGACGGCCUGUCUGUGAACCCAAUCGUUGGGCUGGGCAGGUCUGAUGACUCUGCGUGCUACUUUCCAGACUUCCCGCCAUGCUAACCUCAUAAGUUCAUAUGAGUAGAGAUCCCUUCGUGAUCUAACAACAAGAACUUAAACAAACCAUUCCUUCUAUGUAACAUGCUCCAUUGUUUAGGGUUUUGUGAAACUGACAUUGGGAAAAAGUGGGUUCCGUGAAGAUGAAAAAUAUAUGCAUCUAAGUCUUCUAACAUCACCAUGUAGAUGCUCUUUAGCUCAUCUAUAGUAUUUUCCAUUAUGGGUUGGGUUCGACUGGGAGGGGCUGGCACCGAUUUGAGUCAUUCGAUCGCAGCAAGCCCUCCCAGUCCAAAUGGAUUGGGCGUCUAUUGUCAUCAAUGGCAUAAAGACAAUUGUUGGCUUUUGGCCAUUGAGAUUUACAUUUUUUCUCAAGUAAAAAUAAUACACAUCUGCUCUGCUGAACUGUCCCGUCAGUGGGAUACUACUGAGAAUAAAAUAUUAGCAAAAUGAAUGAAA